AUAUGACUUGGUGGCAGAGUGUUUACCAAGCAUGCCUGAGGCCCUGGAUUCAAUCCCCAGGGGACACACAUAUGAUGACAACUAUUAUCACAUUCUUUUUUCUUUAUUUUUAUUUUUGAUAAUGCCUUUCUUUGUAGCUCAAGCUGGCCUCCAACUCACAGAUAUUGACCCUCCUGCCUGCAUCCUGGGGAUUGGGGUUAAAGGUGUGCACCACCACACCUGGAACAUCCCAGUCCUCUUAAGACAGGAUUUCACUGGUGGCUCAGGCUAGCCUGCAACUCACUCUGCAAUCCAGGGUGGCUUUGAACUUGCAAUUCUCCCAUUUCAGUCCUCAGAGUGCUGUUAUUCCAUGUCUGGGUCAACAAAGCCCAGUUUUAGGAAAAGAAUAUUUAUGGCCAAGAACUGAAUUUUUAAAAAAGAUUUAUUUAGUUAUUUUAUAUGAGUACACUGUCUUUGUCUUCAGACACACCAGAAGAGGGCAUUGGAUCCCAUUACAGCUAGUUGUGAGCCACCAUGUGGUUGCUGGGAAUUGAACUCAGGACCUCUGGAAGAGCAGUCAGUGCUCUUAACUGCUGAACCAUCUUUCACCACCACCACCCCCUUUUAAAUAAAGAUUGAAUGCUUUAAUAGAUUUGAUCCAUUAAUAAACUGGUUUCUAGUCUUACAUCUCCCUAUAUUUGAUUUAUUUGUUCAGUGUGUGUGUGUGUGUGUGUGUGUGUGUGCGCGCGCGCGCGCGUGCAUGCGCACAUGGGUCUUUGUGAGUGUAUGUGCAUCAUAUUUAUUCAGGAGCCCAUGGAGCAGAAGAGGGUACCAGAUCUCCUGGAACUGGAGUUACAAGCAGCUGUGAGAGCUGCCAUGUGGGUGCUGAAAACCGAACCUGGGUCCUCUGCAUGAGCAGCAAGUGCUCUUAACCGCUGAGCCUUGCUCCAACCCUUCUAGUAUUUCUUACCUCACACCUCUUUGAGGCAGUGUUUCCAGACCAUUCCAUCCCAGACAAGGGAAGAGAGGGUCACAGACAAGGUGAUACUAGUACAUAUUCAGCGAACUUCUGGGUUAAGAGGGAGGGAAAAUACUUAGCAGAUGAAAAAAAAAAAAAGAUGAAAAUUUCCAUUCUGGCCGGACAUAGUGGCGCAUGGCUAAAGUCCCAGUACCACAGAAGCUAAUGCAAAAGGGUGAGUCUGGGCUAGUUUGGCUCCACAGGAACACCCAGUCUCAAAACAAGGAGGAAAAAAAAAAAAAACCGCCCUCCUUUCUGCCUCUUCUGGGUUGGUCUCUGGAGUUCCUUGUGUGGCAGGCUGAGGUAUUCCAAGGAUUUAGAAAUGGGAGAGGCCUAGAAAUAUGGCUGGCCAUAACACUUUGUGUUUGGGGGAAGGGGGCGUUGAGGGGUGACCAACCACAGGGCCAGUAAUCUGUGUCAGCCCCCUCAUUCCAAGAAUGGGAUGGAUCUCUUAAAGGCGCCCCAUGUCCCACACGCACCCUGCUCCCUCCACCAAUCCAGGAACAGUGUGACUCGCUAGUGACCGACUCAAGUCUAAAGCAGAGCGGGUCCCAGGACUUGAGCGCGGGAGCCAAAUGGAGUCAGGGUCAUUCGACAGCUCCUCUCUCGGCUGCAGGCCGGAGCGGGGUACCAUCCUAUACUCUGGGUGCUCGCUCCUCCUCCCGUCCCCCGCGCACCCCUGCUCUGGCUCUUGGAGCUCGACAGUCUUGCUGGGGCGCUGCAGCCAGGGAGCUACGCGCUCACCAAGACCCGGACGGCUGCGGGAGCCAGGGCGGCGUCUGCUUUGGUGAUACCAUGAAUGGCUCGGACAGCCAGGGGGCGGAGGACUCGAGCCAGGAAGGUGGCGGCGGCUGGCAGCCCGAGGCGGUCCUCGUACCCCUAUUUUUCGCGCUCAUCUUCCUCGUGGGCGCUGUGGGCAACGCGCUGGUGCUGGCGGUGCUGCUGCGCGGCGGCCAGGCGGUCAGCACCACGAACCUAUUCAUCCUCAACCUGGGUGUGGCCGACCUGUGUUUCAUCCUGUGCUGCGUGCCUUUCCAGGCCACCAUCUAUACCCUGGACGAUUGGGUGUUUGGCUCACUGCUCUGCAAGGCCGUUCAUUUCCUCAUCUUCCUCACUAUGCACGCCAGCAGCUUCACGCUGGCCGCUGUCUCGCUGGACAGGUAUCUGGCCAUCCGCUACCCGCUGCACUCCCGAGAGUUGCGCACACCUCGAAACGCGCUGGCGGCCAUCGGGCUCAUCUGGGGGCUAGCACUGCUCUUCUCCGGGCCCUACCUGAGCUACUACAGUCAGUCGCAGCUGGCCAAUCUGACGGUGUGCCACCCAGCGUGGAGCGCACCACGACGUCGCGCCAUGGACCUCUGCACUUUUGUCUUUAGCUACCUGUUGCCAGUGCUGGUGCUCAGCCUGACCUAUGCGCGCACCCUGCACUACCUCUGGCGCACAGUUGACCCAGUAGCUGCAGGCUCAGGUUCCCAGCGCGCCAAGCGCAAGGUGACACGGAUGAUCGUCAUCGUGGCGGUACUCUUCUGCCUCUGUUGGAUGCCCCACCACGCGCUUAUCCUCUGCGUGUGGUUUGGUCGCUUUCCGCUCACGCGUGCCACUUACGCCCUGCGCAUCCUUUCACAUCUAGUAUCUUAUGCCAACUCGUGUGUCAACCCCAUCGUUUAUGCUCUGGUCUCCAAGCAUUUCCGCAAAGGUUUCCGCAAAAUCUGCGCGGGCCUGCUACGCCGUGCCCCGAGGAGAGCUUCAGGCCGAGUGUGCAUCCUGGCGCCUGGAAACCAUAGUGGUGGCAUGCUGGAACCUGAGUCCACAGACCUGACACAGCAGCUGGGAAGUGGAAGCAGGAGCGAGCAGGAACAAAGCCAGCCAUCAAGUUUGAGGAGUCCUUGAACUACCUGAGAUCCAGUUUGAGCAAAAAUAAAAAAUUUAAAAGGUUCAUACCAUUUCA